GCGAGUGCAGCCCGUGCAGGCCUUCCGCCCCCCCUCCCGGCUCCGAGAGGAAGAGAAAGGCAGGGACGGGACGGGAGUCGGAUUACAAGAUGGCGGCCGCGCCGCGGUGUUAGUUGCUGCCGCUGUUGGUCGGUGCCGCUGAGGUGGAGGGCGAGGCGGCGAGCGGGCGAGGGCGCCAUGAACAGCGGCGAGUUGAAGGCCUCCUGAACGGGCGCCCCUGGUCCCUUCCCGCCCGCCUCCCGACCCGGCCGGGCUCCCACCAUGUCGGACACCCGGCGACGGGUGAAGGUCUACACGCUAAACGAGGAGCGGCAAUGGGACGACAGGGGCACGGGGCACGUCUCGUCCACCUACGUGGAGCGGCUCAAGGGGAUGUCGCUGCUCGUCCGGGCCGAGUCGGACGGUUCACUGUUGUUGGAAUCGAAGAUAAAUCCAAACACUGCAUAUCAAAAACAGCAGGAUACACUGAUUGUUUGGUCAGAGGCUGAGAAUUAUGAUUUAGCCCUGAGUUUUCAAGAAAAAGCUGGCUGUGAUGAGAUCUGGGAAAAAAUUUGCCAGGUUCAAGGUAAAGACCCCUCAGUGGAAGUCACGCAGGACCUCAUUGAUGAAUCUGAAGAAGAGCGUUUUGAGGAAAUGCCUGAAACGAGUCAUUUGAUCGAUCUCCCUGCCUGCGAACUCAACAAACUUGAAGAGAUUGCAGAUCUAGUUACCUCAGUUCUCUCAUCACCCAUUCGCAGAGAAAAAUUAGCCUUGGCUUUGGAAAAUGAAGGCUAUAUUAAAAAAUUGUUGCAGCUUUUCCAACUUUGUGAGAACCUAGAAAAUACUGAAGGCUUACAUCAUUUAUAUGAAAUUAUUCGAGGAAUUUUGUUCCUCAAUAAAGCAACUCUGUUUGAGGUGAUGUUUUCAGACGAGUGCAUUAUGGAUGUUGUGGGAUGCCUUGAGUAUGAUCCUGCAUUAGCUCAGCCAAAAAGGCACAGGGAAUUCUUAACCAAAACAGCAAAAUUUAAAGAGGUCAUACCCAUAACAGACUCUGAACUUAGGCAAAAAAUUCAUCAGACUUACAGGGUACAGUACAUUCAGGACAUCAUCUUGCCAACACCAUCCGUUUUUGAAGAGAAUUUUCUUUCUACGCUCACUUCUUUCAUUUUCUUUAACAAAGUUGAAAUUGUCAGUAUGCUGCAGGAAGACGAAAAGUUUUUGUCUGAAGUUUUUGCACAACUAACUGACGAAGCUACUGAUGAUGAUAAAAGGCGUGAACUGGUUAAUUUCUUCAAGGAGUUCUGUGCUUUUUCUCAGACAUUACAACCUCAGAACAGAGAUACAUUUUUCAAAACUUUGGCAAAGUUAGGAAUUCUUCCGGCUCUUGAAAUAGUAAUGGGCAUGGAUGAUUUGCAAGUUAGGUCUGCUGCUACAGAUAUAUUUUCUUAUCUGGUAGAAUUCAGUCCAUCCAUGGUCCGGGAAUUUGUGAUGCAAGAAGCCCAGCAGAGCGAUGACGACAUCCUCCUCAUAAAUGUAGUCAUUGAGCAAAUGAUCUGUGACACUGACCCCGAGCUUGGGGGAGCUGUUCAGUUAAUGGGGCUCUUACGUACACUAAUCGAUCCUGAGAACAUGUUGGCCACAGCUAAUGUAAGAAAAUGGAAAGGGAAAACUGAAAAAAGUGAAUUUCUCAAUUUUUUCUACAACCAUUGUAUGCAUGUCCUCACUGCUCCUCUUCUAGCAAACACAUCAGAGGACAAAAAUGAUAAAGAUGCUGUAGUUGGAAACAACAAGAGUAACACAAUUUGCCCAGACAACUAUCAAACAGCACAGUUGCUUGCCUUAAUUUUGGAGCUACUCACUUUUUGUGUGGAACACCACACAUACCACAUCAAGAAUUACAUUAUGAACAAGGAUCUGCUGAGGAGAGUUUUAGUCCUGAUGAAUUCAAAACACACCUUUUUAGCACUCUGUGCCCUUCGUUUCAUGAGGAGGAUAAUUGGACUAAAAGAUGAAUUUUAUAAUCGUUAUAUCACCAAAGGGAACUUAUUUGAGCCAGUCAUAAAUGCUCUUUUGGAUAAUGGAACUAGAUACAACCUCUUGAAUUCAGCAGUCAUUGAACUUUUUGAAUUCAUCCGGGUGGAAGAUAUCAAGUCACUUACUGCACAUAUAGUUGAAAACUUUUAUAAGGCACUUGAAUCUAUUGAGUAUGUUCAGACAUUCAAAGGACUGAAAACAAAAUAUGAGCAAGAAAAAGACAGACAGAGCCAGAAACUGAACAGUGUCCCGUCUAUACUGCGAAGCAAUAGGUUUCGUAGAGAUGCCAGAACCUUGGAGGAUGAUGAGGAAAUGUGGUUCAAUGAAGAUGAAGAGGAGGAGGGUGAAGCCAUUGUGCCCCCAGUAGAGAAAUCCAAGGCUGAGGAUGAUUUUCCAGAAAGUUAUGAGAAGUUCAUGGAAACGAAAAAAGCAAAAGAGAGUGAAGACAAAGAGAAUCUCCCCAAAAGGACUUCAGCAGGGGGCUUCAAAUUCACUUUUUCCCACUCUGCCAGUGCCACUAAUGGAGCAAACAGUACGAACAGCAAAUCUGUAGCCGCUCAGACAUCGCCAGCAAGUUCCAACGGCUCCUCUUCCAAGAAUGCCAACUUGACUGCAGCAGUCACAGCCACAAAGGGAAGUUUGGUUGGCCUUGUGGAUUAUCCAGAUGAUGAGGAAGAAGAUGAAGAGGAGGAAGCCUCUCCAAGAAAAAGACCUCGUCUUGGUUCUUAAAAAUGUUGAAACAAACUCUGAUUGAGGGAUGCUUAAAUGCUGUGACUGAACUAAAUAGUCUGACUCAGAAAGCUUUCUCCCUGGAAAAUACACGAGAAUACAAGGAGUAGCAAAAGAAACUUGACUAGAAGGGUUUAGUUCUGAGAACACCAGGCUUCCAAAGAACCCAAUCUUUUUCUAGUCAAUGAGUCUGCCAUUGAGGCUGUUAAAUAUUAAACUGAAAUGGUGGGUUAGUAAUCAGCACCUGGAUGACAGCUGGCCAGCAAAAAAAGAUCAUCUCGGGUUCUGAGAGGGUAAGGGGAUGGGACAAGUAACCUUUUGAUACUGCAGGGUUUUCCCAGGUUGUAUCCAAGCUAGAAAAAAAUUGUAAGGCUUCAGUUGCAAACCUAGUAACACGUAAUGGUGCUGACCAUUGUUGGUUUUUUAAGCAAUUGCCUCCUUUAAAUAAACUUUUUCCAUUAAAAAAAAAUCAGAAGUGAGGGCCACUGACAAAUGACAGAGAAUAAGCACCCUGCUAAGUAGUGCAUGUUGAGUGGCAAAUUGUUCCCCCCCCCCCCCCCCGUACCCCCCCCAUGUAUUUUGGAAGGAAAAAGAAGCUGGGUUCAGAAUAGAAGAUGAUUAGGAAAACCAAUAGCAAGGAUCAUCAACUUUCAGGGGAGAAACUCUAUAAACCAUCAAUCAACCCUAGUACUUGAAAUGACGUUUGAGCUACUAAUAGCAUUUUAUGGAAGUGAAGUUGAAUGAAAUCACUCUCUGCUAGCAUCGAAAAAUGUUUUCCUUGAGAGCCAUGUGCAUUUCACAUUUGCAAAAGUAAAAGACAACACCAUGAACUGCUGCCUGAAAAUUUUGAACCCUACUGAAUUGGGAGCAUAGUAACUUUUGACCAAGAGUGAUUUGGGGGCAGUCAGCAUGCAGCAUCUUGAGCCUUUGAGGCUUAGUACAAAUGCUGCUUCUUAACACAUUCCAUGUAUUAAGCAAAUUUCAGAAAGUACAUUCGGUAAAUUGAUGGAGGCAACUAUUUGAAACCUUUUUAUUUUCAGAGCAAGUAAACUGUAAAUAUUUUAAUGUUAGUUUCACCAUAUAUGAUCUGAGAUCAUGCAGAAGAAGAAAUUCCCCAGACUACAAAUUUUGUUAAGAGUGAUAUGAACUAUGAAACCAGCAAAAAUCCACUAUUAUAAAUCACUCUGGCAAUGUGUGAUGGGUCCAUUUCUCCUGGAACAAUUACUGACAGAGUUUCCCUGUUUUGGAGAUUUUGUAGUUAACUUUAAUUUUAGCUAUUGUUUGAAAAAGAUGGGCUGUCUGUGUAGAUAUGAAGUAUAGUUUUUCCAUGAAACAAAAGUUUAUUUUGUAUUGAGAAAAAAAAACCACUGUACUUGUUUUACACCAUUUGUAUACAUGUGGUGAUAUUAAUGCUGAACUGUAAAAUUCAGGAAUUAAAAUGUGACCCUGUAAUUCCAUAAUUAUUGGUUUUGUUUGCUUUGUUGUAAAUGGUAAGUUAAUUCAGAUUUUGAAAUGUGGCCAUUUUAGAAGAUUUUAAUGAAAUAGUUAUUGUACAAUUUAAUCAUCGGCCACUGAACCAAAUCUGGCAGAGGAUGCAAGGAGUGCUCCUAGAUUUGGUUCAGUGUGUUGUGAUGGCUGACAACUAAUGCCAUCUGAAGGACAUCUCUGCCCUCUGGGGGCUCCAGGCAACUAAGAAUGGGGCUUCCUUCUCACUUAUUCAGGGGAGAUUUUCUUAAUAGUGGGGAAAUGAUUUGGCUAGUUCAAAUCAUUGUGCUGACUUGCUCUUUUGUGUUCCAUUUUUUUCUUCCCUUGGCUAGUCUUCCCUCCUCAUCCACAGAGAUGACAAUUUUUCCAAAGCUUUCUGGUUAAUCUGCAGGGAAACUCUGUGUAGCAGUUCCCCUUAAAGUGAGAUACAUGUAGCCUGUUUCUGAGCUUUUUAAUAAGUCACUGAAAGAGACCCCAAACAAGUGGGCUCGUGAUCUUCCAUCCUUUUUCAAAGACUGUUAGGAGCUUUAAGACACAUGUAGACCUGCUCAGGAGUCACUUCUGUAAUAGAAAACAGUGCUUUUUAUAGUUUAAUAUAAACAGUAGGAGGUGAUGUGUCAGCCAAUACUGAAACCCUUGCAAUGCUGUGAAAGUUGCAUUGAGCGCCUCUCCUUCAAGUUCCAUAAUUUGCCUCAGGUGCAUCUUCCCCACUGCCACCUCCUUUCCGGUUUGUAUGCUGGUUGCUUUUUUGCCACAGGACAGCCUGCAUUUCAAAUGCCUGGGGCCCUUCAAAUGAUUUUUUUAAAGAAAAAGAUUUCAUCUGCCAACAUGUCUCAGUUAAAUACUAUUUUAAUAAAAAGUUACAUGAAAUGUG